AUGCAUCUACUCUGGAGGUUCCUGGUCCUCCUCCUGGGAUUGCUAGCCUUUCCCUCAGCCCUGCCCAAGCAGCCUUGGCCUGGACUGACCAAGGACCACAAGGAUGGCCGGUCCACCCUAGCGAGAAUUAUUGCACAGGGCCUCCUGCAGCACAAUGCAGAAGGACGGAUCCAGAGCAUGCGCCUUCUGGACCGUCUGAAUGUCUCAGGGACAGUGGCCCCAGGGAUGGUGGGCUGGCUGAUUAGUGGCAUGAACUUCCAGCAGCAGCAAGAAAUCAGCAUCAACAUUACCAAUGUGCAGCUGGACUGCGGUGGCAUCCAGAUGGCUUUCCCCAAAGAGUGGUUCUCUGCAAACAUCACACUUGAAUUUGACAUUGAAUUCAAACUGCCCUUCAAUUCGAAUAUAAUCAAAACGCAUGCCCGCAUGGGCCUCGCUGCAGAGUCCUGGCUGGAGAAAGACGAGUUUGGCCGGAGGGAGCUGGUAAUGGGCAGGUGCCGAAUGGAGCCCAGCAGUGAGGGUUCAUCCAUAUCCACUGAGGCAGCCUCACCCAAGAUGAAGCAUUUUCUCCACAACCUCAGAGAAAGUCUGGGGAAAGUUAUCCCAAAUCUGGUAGAAAGUCAGGUAUGUCCUCUGAUUGGUGAGAUCCUUCGGCAGCUGGAUGUGAAGUUGUUGAAAGGCCUAGUGGAACAGAUGGGUGCUCAUAAUCUUGGUCAACCCUGA